UCCGGCUGCAUCAAUCAGCUCCUUCAUCACACUUUUCCUUUGCACUCUGGAUACAGGACAUAAAACAGGGAGAGGCCCAAGCCCAGCUCCAGCAGCUUCUUCAGACCCUGGGAAGGGCAUUCUGCCCUUGGGGUGCUCUGCUUUUCACCCACAGGGAUGGUCUUUCACCACCCAUAGAUGGUUCAGGGCUUAUCCCUAGAAUAGACUUCACCAGGACACAGGACGCCCACACUUUCCUGUCUGGCCGGGAGUGUCAGGCUUGCACAGCUCCUGAUGACAGUCUCCGUUUUACUGUAGAGAAGUCAGAAAUGUCAACAAGGCUGUGCUCAGGGCUCAGUCACAGCUCCAGAUCACAGUCUGAGCCUGGGACAUCUACCAGCAUGUGCGGUCACACCAGGCCGAGAGCCUGCAUCUCACAUCCAGAUGCCCUAACUGAGAGAAGUACAAAAACCUUCCUAAACAGAGGGCAUUUUGAGCAAACUGUCAAGCAAAACCCAGGAACAAUCAUCAGUCCAGGAGCAGGAGCCUCUCCCAGACAGAUCCAAAGUGAAUUCUGUUACCCACCGCUGUUUGCUGAGGGCUGGAGGUGGGAAAAACCACUGUCAGAGAGUGAUGUUUGGCUGAGAAAUCUCCCUGCCUCUCAGUAAUGCUCUUCACAGCAGGGCGGCACUUAAUCGGCUUUUAUCUGCCUAAAGACUUGAUCCCCAUCGGUUUGCGGCAGGAAGAACCAGCUAAUUUAUUUUCACUGUGCACCAAAAGUCCAGCCCAACCGACCUCGCAAUGCUCGCGAUUCACCUAUCCAAAAGCAAAGCCUGGGCUGAGUCUGAAUAUCUCUGAUUCAUGCCCAAGCAUGUGUAAGUGUGGACCUGAAGAGAUUAUCCACUGUAACAGAGCCGGACUGAGAGCCCUUCCCGGAGAAAUAGCAGCAUCAACUGUCUCUCUAAACCUCUCCAAUAAUUAUUUGCGGAUUCUGACCACCAACACCUUCAGAAACCUGACGUUCCUCCACACCCUCUGGCUAGACGGAAACAACCUGACUUUCCUUUCCCCGGGGACCUUCCACGCUCUCAGCAAGCUGCGAGAGCUGCACCUCAGCAGGAACUCACGCCUCACCUACCUGCAUGCAAACACUUUCAGAGGAUUAUUAAACCUCAUCAGCUUGGAUUUGUCCCACUGUAAUAUCUUCGAAAUCCACCCACUUCUAUUUUCUCACCUGCCUUCUUUAGAAAGGCUCGAUUUAGGCUCCAAUAACAUGCGAUAUGUCCCACAGGCCUUUAGGAACCUCUCCAGCCUCACGAGGCUGUCGCUGGAGGACAACCACAUAGAAGCCAUUGGUAGAGAUUCCCUGAAGGAUCUGGAAACACUGUACGAUCUGAAUCUCAGGAAGAAUCGGAUAUGGAUCAUUCAAAAUGGCGCUUUUACAAAGCUUCCCAGACUGAGCAUGUUGAAUUUAGGACACAACUUCAUCGCUGAUUUGCCUAAUCAGCUUUUCGACGGGUUGAUCCAGCUCAAGACCAUGCACCUUGAAGCCAAUAGAAUCACUGCUGUCAGCUGCAGUUUCCGACAUCUGCUGAAUUUGAGAAACUUGUACUUGAACAACAACCAGAUCUCCUCCAUCUCAGACUCUGCUUUUUCAUACUUAAAUAAGCUGCACUUCCUUCACCUGAGCAAGAACAACCUCAGCUCCCUCCCCAUGCACUUGUUCGCUGAACUGCCAAAACUGAAGUACGUGUUUUUAUCCCACAACCCCUGGAAGUGUGACUGCAAGAUGCUGUGGUUUUUGCGGUGGACCGCAGUGCGCAGAGGAGUGAUCGAAGGGCUGCACUGUGCCUUCCCAGGCCCUCACAACACAACAGCACUCAAUAUUCCCCGUUCAGGGGACCUGACAGACUGUGCGGUGCCACCUGAGCUGACAAGCGAAGACAAGUGCGUGGUGGCUGGUGUCAGCGUGGCUCCCGCACCCCCUGCUCUCCCCAGCAGGGUCAUCCUGCUGACACUUGUCUGCCACACGUGGUAUUUUGCAAUGGGAUGGGAUGCUUUCAUGGUGACAUUUUGGCAAUGUUUAAAUUAAAAAGUGGAGGCCACAUAUAUUUUCUCACUACUUGUUUGUGAACAGUGUUUUCCAUUACAGGUGGGUUUUAUAUGGAAAUAGAGCAAUAUUAUUACAUAGGAACAACUGCUUUCAUUCGUGGGGGAUGCUCAAAUCUGAAAUGCUAAUAUCAAAAUUCAAUGCAAAUAUUCAUGUGCAGAUGAGAAACUCACAACAGCAAGUUUGGGGCUGGGGCUUGUGCUGGGUGACAUGCAGCCAGGAAGCAUGGUCCCACCACAGCCUCUGCCCUCCCUCUUUCCUGACUGACCACAGCCAUAUGUGAACUCCUGGGGAAGGGUUGCCUUCCUGAACUCAACCCGCACUGGGAAUAUUUGAGCACUGCUGAAGUAGGAAUAAAUUGCAUGUGUUCCAGCACAUCUAUGGUCCUGAGAAAAGGCUCAGUCCAUCACCACCUCUGUGAACGUGCAGAAGCUUCCCACAGUUGGCACAUAAGGUACUUUGCUGUUAGAAUAUAAGACAGUGUUGGAGGAGCGGGCAAAAAUGCCACUGAAUAAAACUUUUUAUCGUUCAGCCACUCCUUGCAGUAUUGAGCCUCAGCUAAUACAGCUCUGCAUUUACCCCUGCAAAGAGCUCACUCGUCUCAGGGACGGUCUGUACAAGUUGUGUCUCCCUGUAUUUUGUCUACAGGAUCUGGCAUGGUAUCACACCAGUGCCAUACCCCAGUCUGCCUCCCUCCAGCUGCUGGGAGACACUGAUGGGUCAUCAUGGUGCCUACAUCACAGCAAUAUUCACCUUUCUUUCCUCCAUCACACAGAUUAGCCUUCUCCAUACUCCCAAAAGGAAUUUUCCGUUUCAAUGGGUAUGUUAAAAUCAGCCCCAAGCAUCCUGGCGGCCCAGGUUAUGAUUGGCUUUCUGGGCUGGUAUUGCAUGUUGGUGGUGUAUAUCCAGCUAUACAUCCAGCAGUACUCCAAGUACUUCUCAACACAGCUACUCUCAAUCCCUUCAUCCCCCAGUCAGUAUUGUCUCAACCCAGCCACAAGACACCUUGCACUUGGCCUCAUUGGUUCACACGGGUCCACUUCUUGAGCUUGUCCAGGUCCCUCUGGAUGGCAUGCCACCCCUCAGGCUUGUCAACUGCACUGCUCAGCUUGGCAUCAUCCAUAAACUUCCUAAUGGUGCACUCAAUCCUACCAUCUGUGUCACUGACAAAGAUAUUAAACAGUACUGGUCCCAGUAUGGACCCUUGAGCGACAUCACUUGUCACUGAUCUCCAUCUGGACAUUGAGCUGUUUACUACUACCCUCUGGAUGCAACCAUCCAGCCCCACAGCCUCCAGAACCAGCAGCACCAUACACCGCUACUCAACCAAGGUGUCUGGUGGUCAGAGUAAUGGCCAUGGCAAAUCCCAUCCUUCAAGCACCAGGCACAGUCAGCGCUGGCUAUUUGCAUUUGGUAGAUCUGGAUCUCCUGCAGCCAUUAAAUUGCACCACGGGUAGGGUAAAUUUACCCAUGGAGACCUGUCCUGUCCUGCAGAAUUAGCAUGGUCUUCUCUUGGCUUUGGCUGCCAGUGCACAAAAGAUAUAAUUUGCACAGACAGUAUUUGUGCCUUACAGUGUCUCUUUAUUUUCCACCUAUGGGAGAUUUCAGGAAUUUAGCAAUUCCUGAAGCCACACUGAGCAGAGCCCCUGAUGACCACAGCUGCCUCCCUUUUUCUGACCUUGUCAUCAGCCACACAGGCAGGCGGCAGCACAGCCUGGUCUAACGAACAUUGCUCUUUACAGCUCUUUGGCUUUUUCUCUGAGGUGCUUUCAGUGAUUAUUUCUCACUUGACUUCUAAAAGCAAGUACACCUAGAUAACACUGCACAGAGAUGACCAAAUAUUCCAGCAGUUAUCACUGUAUAUAAACACUUACCACAAGACAUGCCCAAUGUUUACUGAGAGCUCACAGAAGGAAGCAACAGAAUGUGUGGCAGACACACCACGUUUGUCCCUGUCCUUAGAGGUAUUACCCCAAGCUGAUAUGAGAUAAGAGAGAAAUAAACAUUUGCUUAGCUCUGAAAACUCAUAAACCAGCACAUUUUGACAAGAGAAACCUGCCACGGAGUGCAGAGUAGGACCAACAUUUGCUGUUGCAGCAGUGAAGGGAUGAACUAGGGCUGCAAAACAAAACCGUACACCUGCAUCUUCCUGGUUAUCAGAUUUGUGAUUAGAUGCGUACAAAGUAUUAAACAGUGAAUAUAUUUUUGCUUACAUUUUGCCUGUGCUGUUGCACCAUUUUGUUUCUUCAUUCGGCACCAUCUG